UAUAACAUGCUGCGGAAGCACCUGUUGCUCACUUUGCUCAGACCUGACGGACAGGACAGACCAAAAAUUUGACAGUCUCACUUCGUCUUUCGCCUACUACUACCAAGAACCUAACAGCACCAGGGUGCAUCAGUCAAUCCCCAUGUCUACUGACCAGGAGAGCUGCCAUCUGUGUAAGGAAGACCUGAGGGACCCAGUCUCCAUCCCGUGCGGCCACAUCUUCUGCUCCAUCUGCCUGAAGACCUACUGGGACCACGCUGACCACACCGGUUCCUACAACUGCCCACGUUGUCGGGUCACCUACAACAAGAGACCCACCCCGCGCCGCCUCCAGACCUCCCGCUCCUCCACACACUCAACCCACUCGCAUCCCAGGAUGUCUGAGACCUACCCUCCUCCACCUCCAGACCCAGACUACAACUACGCCGGACCACAAGAUGUGGGAUGUGAUAUCUGUAUUGGGAAGAAGCACAAAGCCAUCAAGACAUGCCUGAUGUGCCUGGCGUCCUACUGUGAGAGGCAUCUAAAGCCCCACUAUGAGAACCCUGCCUUCAAGAGGCACAAGCUGGUGGAUGAGAUCGGCCAUCUGGACAGACAGAUUUGCCCCCAGCAUCAGAAGGGUCUGGAGCUCUUCUGCAAGACGGACCAGAUGUGUAUCUGUGUUCUGUGCACUGUGAAGGAGCACAAAGGUCACGACAUGGUAUCUGCCGAACAGGAGAGGUCAGAAGAACAGCAACGUCUGGGUGCCACCCAGGCAGAGAUCCAGGAGAGGAUCCAUGAGAGGCUUAAGCAGAUGGAGGAGCUGAAACAAGCUGUGGAUUCACUCAAGAGCUCAGCCCAGAGGGCUAUGCAGGAGUGUGAGAAGUUGUUUGGCGACAUGAUGCGUUCCAUCGAGAGGAUGCAACAGGAAAUGACCAAGCUAAUUUCCUCCAAUAAGAGGGCAGCACUGAACAACGCUGAGGGUCACCUCGAGCGUCUGACCCACGAGAUCGCUGACCUCAAGAAGCGAGACAACGAGAUCACACAGCUGUCACGCACAGAGGACCACAUACACUUUAUCCAGAGCUACCACAUGCUAAUCGCUCAGACGGAGGCUGAGGAGCUGCCCACAGUCUCAGUGAACCCCUACUUCUCCUUCGGACCCGUCACCAAGGCUGUCUCUGAGAUGAAGGUCCAUCUCCAUGACAUCAGCAAUGAGGAGCUGGUCAAAGUGGCCAAGACUGUGAACAAAAUGCCUUUCUGCCAACUGGAUGAAGCCAAAAGGAGAAAUACUGUGAAAGCCGAUGCAGUUGUUGCUGUGUACAAGACACCAAGCCAGGAGCCCCAGCACAGAGAAGACUUCCUGAAAUAUGCCUGCGCUCUCACCCUGGACCCCAACACAGCCUACCGCCAGCUAUACCUGUCUAGAGGCAACAGGAAGGCAGCCCUGAAGAGAGAACCGCAGGACUAUGCUGACAGUGCCUCCAGGUUUGACUGCCUGCCCCAGGUUCUCUGCAAAGAGCCCCUGUCUGGAGGUGCCUACUACUGGGAGGUGGAGUGGAGUGGAGAGGGGGCCUCCGUGGGCGUCACCUACAAGGGCAUCAAGAGAGUAGGCUACGGGGACAGCUGCCGCAUCGGCUACAACCGCAAGUCCUGGAGCCUUUUCUGCUCCGAUUCCAGUUAUUCUGCCCGAUAUGGUAAAGACCAGUUGGAAAUCAAUGCACCCUACUCCUCCAGGAUAGGUGUUUUCCUGGACCACUCAGCAGGCACCCUCUCAUUCUACACUGUGGGGGACACCAUGUCUCUCAUACACCGCUUCAAGGCCUCUUUUGCUGAGCCUGUCUACCCAGGCUUUUGGGUCUGGUAUGAGUCAGCGGUCACCAUCCGUCAGCUGUCAUAAUAUUAUAUUACCUAUGAUUAAAUUACGAUUGUCCAUGUAUCGGUCAUCAUACGUAUUGUGAUUCAAGUAAUAUAAUUGCAUUUGUAAUUUGACUUGUUUAGUAUCCCCUUUUCUCAAAUUGUACUGGUGUUCUUGGCAAUGUUUUACUUUGUUCUAUUGAGGUUUGAAUUCAUGUUUUAUACUGUAUAUAAAUCAUCAGCUAGAGAGAGAUAUCUCCGACCAAUUGGGUUUGGUGAGUAAAGGAAUAAACAUGUUAUCUAUAAUGUU